AGGCUUGUGCAUGCAUACAAACUGUGGCUAGUGUCUUAUUACAGAAAAUAGAGCCCACAUCAUGCAUCCUUCUUCCCAUGUUUCAUAAACAAGACCAGGGGAACCUGUUGUGAGGCAACCUGUUGCAUUGGUGUUAGUCCCCAAGAUGCAGCCUUUACAAUCUGCCCCCAAAUGUUUCAGAAUAUGAAGCCCAUUCUCCCCUCUGGAACAGGCAGCUUCAGAUCCACCAGCGGAGACACACAGCAGAACAAAAUCUGGGCAUUGGUCUCCGUGUAGGAUGGCUUGCCAUUGUUAAUAUUUUUUCUUAGGCAAAGUAAAUGAACAUUUAAUAUCCGUGGUCAGCUGGAUGUCCCUCCACCCAAUGCGAGCUCUUUGGUGAAGGGGAUGUCCUCCUUCUCUGUUAGAGGUCUCCCGUGUGGGGCCACGUCUUCCCUCACCAGGAACCCGCUGGGCGCGCUCCAGCCUCCCUCAACUUGCCUUUUGCUAGGAGCUAGAGCACACAUCACGCUGAUUCACAUAUUUUUGCCCUUUGUCACAUAUUAAUAAAAAGGAAGGAUGAAUAGACGGUCUUUGAUUGGCGGCGCUGGUGAUGCCCGUCAUGGUCCUGUUUGGAAGGACCCUUUCGGAACUAAAGCUGGUGAGGCAGCACACAGAGACAUCGACCAGCUAAGCCUGGCCCUGGCAGAUGGGUCGCAGGAACAGGAGCCAGAGAAAGAGAUAGCCAUGGAGGAUAGCCCCACUAUGGUUAGAGUGGACAGGGGUGAAAACCAAGUUUCACCAUGUCGAGGGAGAAGGUGCUUCCCCAAAGCUCUUGGCUAUGUCACCGGUGAUAUGAAAGAACUUGCCAACUGGCUUAAAGACAAACCUGUGGUGCUCCAGUUCGUCGACUGGAUUCUUCGGGGCAUAUCCCAAGUGGUGUUUGUCAACAACUCCAUCAGUGGAAUCCUGAUUCUGGUGGGACUUCUUGUUCAGAACCCCUGGUGGGCUCUCACUGGCUGGCUGGGAACAGUGGUCUCCACUCUGAUGGCCCUCUUGCUCAGCCAGGACAGGUCAUCAAUAGCGUCUGGGCUCUAUGGCUACAAUGCUACCCUGGUGGGAAUACUCAUGGCUGUCUUUUCGGACAAGGGAGACUAUUUCUGGUGGUUAUUAUUCCCUGUAUGUGCUAUGUCCAUGACUUGCCCAAUUUUCUCAAGCGCAUUGAGUUCCAUGCUCAGCAGAUGGGACCUCCCUGUCUUCACCCUCCCUUUCAACAUGGCAUUGUCAAUGUACCUUUCAGCCACAGGACAUUUCAAUCCAUUCUUUCCAGGCAAAUUGGUCACACCUGUAACUUCACCGCCAAAUAUCUCCUGGUCUGAUCUAAGUGCCCUGGAGUUAUUGAAAUCUAUACCAGUGGGGGUUGGUCAGAUCUAUGGCUGUGAUAAUCCGUGGACAGGGGGCAUUUUCCUGGGAGCCAUCCUGCUCUCCUCCCCACUCAUGUGCCUGCAUGCUGCCAUUGGAUCCUUGCUGGGCAUAGCAGCAGGACUCAGUCUUGCAGCCCCGUUUGAGGACAUCUACUUUGGACUCUGGGGUUUCAACAGCUCUCUGGCCUGCAUUGCAAUGGGAGGAAUGUUCAUGGCACUCACUUGGCAAACCCACCUCCUGGCUCUUGGCUGUGCCCUGUUCACAGCCUAUCUUGGAGUCGGCAUGGCAAACUUAAUGGCUGGGAUUGGAUUGCCAGCUUGUACCUGGCCCUUCUGCUUGGCCACGUUAUUGUUCCUCAUCAUGACCACAAAAAAUUCCAACAUCUACAAGAUGCCCCUCAGUAAAGUUACUUAUCCUGAAGAAAACCGCAUCUUCUACCUGCAAACCAAGAAAAGGAUAGUGGAAAGCCCUUUGUGAGAAUAAGCCCCAUCUGCAGCCAUGGUCACGAGUCAUUUCUGCCUGACUGCUCCAGCUAACUUCCUGGGUCUCAGCAAACUGCUGUUUUUCAAGACUAUCAACUUUCGUACUAACGCAUCUGCGAUCUGUUCUUAUGCUCAUUUUAUAUUUUCCGUUCAACUCCAGGAAUAUUCUCAAGCAUAUGAGACCCACAUCUAGGUGAUAUGCUCUGAUAUGGAAUUGGAAAGCCCAGUGGGGGCUUGGCACUAAGACUGGAACAUAUAGAAAGUCAAAGUGCUCCAACAGGAGGAGGAAGUAAAAACAAACUAUUGGUAUUUAUUGAUAUUCUUGGUGUUUCACUAGCCGGAUGAUGUUAACAGUAUUAAAAAUUAAACCCCAUAAACCAACUAAGCCUUAUGGAAUUCACAGUCACAAAAUUGAAGUUAAUUCACAAUUCUGUGAUAAGCAAUUUGGCUUUAAAAAAAAAAAAUCAAUGCAAGUUACAAAUUACAGCCUGUGUCAGUAUUGCAGAGGUGCAAGCUGACAGCUGAGCUCGGUCCCCACUUCCUGCAAACAAUGGCCUGCACCCUGUCCCUUGUGUGUGUGGCAUUCUCUCAUGGGACAUAGUUGGAGUUUUUCAGACUGAUGGGACUGCAAGAGGGAGAAAGGAAUUUUGUCCAGCAAAAUUAUUCUGUAUUGCAACUUUUCUCACAGACGGUAAAGGAUUUUUUAGGUAGAGAUUAUUUUUCCAUAUGAAAAAUGAUCUGUUUUAAAAGAGACAAAAUAGGAGAAGUUCCUGGCUUAACCUGUUCUUAGAUAUCAAAGAAAACUUACAUACUGUAUUUAAGAAAUACUCAGGUAUUUUCACUUUAGCCCCUACAUUGAUUUUGUAAGUGCCACAAAUGCAUAGAAUUGUUACCAACCUCCAAAGGGCUCUUUAAAAUCAUAUUUCUUAUUCAUUUGAGGAUGUCUUAUAAAAACUGAGGGCGAAGGUCAGAUUGCUUAUGGGUGUUAUUUUUAUAAGUUGUUGAAUUUCUUAAUGAAUAAAAGUUCAUUAUUUUCUGCACACUCACAAUAUUCUCUCUCAGAAACCAAUGGCAUUUGAACCACCAAAAAGAAAUGAAGGCUGAGCAUGGUGGCUCACGCCUAUAAUCCAGCACUUUGGGGAGCUGAGGUGGACAGAUUGCUUGAACCCAGGAGUUUAAGACCAGCCUGGACAGCGUGUUGAAACCCCGUAUCUACAAAAAUUACAAAAAUUAGCCAGGCGUGGUGGUGGGCGCCUGUAGUUCCAGCUACUCAGGAGGCUAAGGUGAGAGAAUCACUUGAGUCCAGGAGAUGGAGGCUGCAGUGAACUGAGAUCACACCAUGCACUCCAGCCUGGGAGAGAGAGUGAGACCCUGUCUCAGGAAAAAAAGAAAAAAUACAGGUAAGGAUUCUCCUGUUUUCCUCUCCUUAAUUUAAAAGUUAUCAGUUCUGUAAAGGCUCUGUGACCAAACAUGCUGAAGACAGCAACAGAAGUCAUGUUCAGGGGCUGGGCACAGUGGCUCACACCUGUAAUCCCAGCACUUUCGAAGAUGGAGGUAAAAGGAUCUCUGGAGCCCAGCUUGGGCAACACAGCAAGACCCCAUCUCUAAAAAAACAAAAAUAACAUCAGCCAAGUGUGGCAACACACGUCUGCAGCAGCUACUCAGGAGGCUGAGGUGGAAAGAUAGCUUGAGCACAGGAGUUUGAGGCUGCAGUAAGCUAUGAUCAUGUCACUGCACUCCAGCCUGUGUGACAGAGCAAGAACCUCUCUCUAAAAUAAUUAAUUAAUUAAUUUAAAAAGGAAGUCAUGUUCAUUUGCCUUCCACUUCAGUAUGUAUCGUGCAGUGUUUUGGAGGUUGGAAAGUGAAACUUCGGAAUCCUGAAGGUUUUUUCCACUUCGAGUUUGCAGUGCUCAGUGCACAAUAUACAGUUUGCUGAAUGAAUAAACAGAAAUAAGGAAGUAAACUUACAAAUAUUUUAGGGAGAAGCUCACUUCUUCCCUUUCUCAGGAAAGCAAACAAGCACACACUGUUCCAAUUUUAAAACCUUUUGACCAAAGCCUUUGAAACUAUGAACUUUGCAACUGUCGUAGUUUAUGGAUCUUGCUAUAGGGAAGCUCAAUUUUCAGUGUUUGAACUGAAACCUUUCUUGUUAGGGAAUGUGUGAAAGAAGAAUUGUAGGUGAAAAAAAAGCAAGUAUAACCAAAGAUCAUCUGCAGUGAAGAAUCUAGGCUGUGGCUGAGUGAACCAGAGGCCUCUAACAUGGACCCAAGUUGAUCUUCAGAAAAGGGCACUGCUGUGCAGCAUCUUCUUGUGCUCACACAAAUCCUUAAACAGGAACAUUGCAAAGCCUUGUACAUUGUCUAAUUUAAAUAAUAUUCAUUUUCUCAAGCUAUAUUUGUUACUAUUAUCCUAAAAUUGAGUAUUUGUAGGGAGCACUUAUAUGUUUUCCUAAUGUCUGUAUAACACAUUUCUAUGCAAGUAUGUGAAUAAAUUAUGCCCACAGCUCA